AUGAGGGGCCAGGCCGCCGCCCCCGGCCCCCGCCGCGUGCUCGCCUCGCUGCUGCUGCUGCUGCUGCCUGGGCGCGGGGCGCGGGCGGCCUCGGGGGCAGACGCAGGGCCUGGCGCCGAGUCCUGCGCCACGCUGGUGCAGGGCAAGUUCUUUGGGUACUUCUCGGCGGCCGCCGUGUUCCCCGGCAACGCCUCGCGCUGCUCCUGGACCCUGCGCAACCCCGACCCGCGGCGCUACACGCUGUACAUGAAGGUGGCCAAGGCGCCGGCGCCCUGCCGUGGCCCCGGCCGCGUGCGCACCUACCAGUUCGACUCGUUCCUGGAGUCCACGCGCACCUACCUGGGCGUGGAGGGCUUCGACGAGGUGCUGCGGCUGUGCGACCCUUCGGCGCCCCUGGCCUUCCUGCAGGCCAGCAAGCAGUUCCUGCAGAUGCUGCACCAGCAGCCGCCCCGCGCCGCGCGGCCCCCCGCGGGACCCCCGGGCCCCGGCGACGACUUCUCCGUGGAGUACCUGGUCGUGGGCAACCGCAACCCCAGCCGGGCCGCCUGCCAGAUGCUGUGCCGCUGGCUGGACGCCUGUCUGGCCGGCAGCCGCAGCUCCCACCCCUGCGGCAUCAUGCAGACCCCCUGCGCCUGCCUGGGCGGGGACCCCGGAGACCCUGCUGCGGGGCCCCCGGCACCCCGCGGGGACGUCUGCCUGAGGGACGGCGUGGCCGGUGGGCCUGAGAACUGCCUCACCAGCCUCACGCAGGACCGGGGCGGGGACGGCGCCCCAGGUGGCUGGAAGCUGUGGUCCCUGUGGGGCGAGUGCACGCGGGACUGCGGGGGCGGCCUGCAGACGAGGACGCGCACCUGCCUGCCCGCGCCGGGCGUGGAGGGCGGCGGCUGCGAAGGGGUGCUGGAGGAGGGCCGCCUGUGCAACCGCAAGGCCUGCGGCCCGGCGGGGCGCGCCGGCUCCCGAAGCCAGUCCCUGCGCUCCACCGACGCGCGGCGCCGCGACGAGCUGGGGGACGAGCUGCAGCAGUUCGGGUUCCCGGCCCCGCAGACAGGUGACCCCGCGGCCGAGGAGUGGUCCCCGUGGAGCGUGUGCUCCAGCACCUGCGGCGAGGGCUGGCAGACCCGCACGCGCUUCUGCGUGUCCUCCUCCUACAGCACGCAGUGCAGCGGGCCCCUGCGCGAGCAGCGGCUGUGCAACAACUCGGCGGUGUGUCCAGUGCACGGCGCCUGGGACGAGUGGUCGCCCUGGAGCCUCUGUUCUAGCACCUGUGGCCGCGGCUUCCGGGACCGCACCCGAACUUGCAGGCCCCCCCAGUUCGGAGGCAACCCCUGUGAAGGCCCUGAGAAGCAAACCAAGUUCUGCAACAUAGCGCUGUGCCCUGUGGAUGGAAACUGGAACGAGUGGUCCAGCUGGAGCGCGUGCUCGGCCAGCUGCUCCCAGGGCCGGCAGCAGCGCACGCGGGAGUGCAACGGACCUUCCUAUGGGGGCGCCGAGUGCCAGGGCCACUGGGUGGAGACGCGAGACUGCUUCCUGCAGCAGUGCCCAGUGGACGGGAAGUGGCAGGCCUGGGCGACGUGGGGCGGCUGCAGCGUCACCUGCGGGGGCGGCACGCAGCGGCGGGAGCGCUUCUGCUCGGGGCCCUUCUUCGGGGGAGCCGCCUGCCAGGGCCCCCAGGACGAGCACCGGCAGUGCGGCGCGCAGCGGUGUCCGGAGCCGCACGAGAUCUGCGACGAGGACGGCUUCGGCACCGUCGUCUGGAAGGAGACCCCGGCGGGAGAGGUGGCCGCAGUCCGGUGCCCUCGAAAUGCCACGGGCCUCAUCCUGCGCCGCUGCGAGCUGGACGAGGACGGCGUGGCCUACUGGGCGCCCCCCACCUACGUGCGCUGCGUGUCCAUCGACUACCGCAACAUCCAGAUGAUGACGCGGGAGCACCUGGCCAAGGCCCAGCGCGGCCUGCCCGGCGAGGGGGUCUCGGAGGUCAUCCAGACCCUGGUGGAGAUCUCCCAGGACGGGACCAGCUACAGCGGGGACCUGCUCUCCACCAUCGACGUCCUGAGGAACAUGACCGAGAUCUUCCGCAGGGCCUACUACAGCCCCACCCCCGGGGACGUGCAGAACUUUGUCCAGAUCAUCAGCAACCUGCUGGCUGAGGAGAACCGAGACAAGUGGGAGGAGGCCCAGCUGAUGGGCCCCAACGCCAAGGAGCUCUUCCGGCUGGUGGAGGACUUCGUGGACGUCAUCGGCUUCCGCAUGAAGGACCUGCGGGACGCAUACCAGGUGACAGACAACCUGGUCCUCAGCAUCCACAAGCUCCCGGCCAGCGGAGCCACGGACAUCAGCUUCCCCAUGAAGGGCUGGCGGGCCACGGGCGACUGGGCCAAGGUGCCAGAGGACAGGGUCACUGUGUCCAAAAGCGUCUUCUCCACAGGACUGGCUGAGGCUGACGACUCGGCCGUGUUUGUGGUCGGCACGGCGCUCUACCGGAACCUGGGCAGCUUCCUGGCCCUGCAGAGGAACACCACGGUCCUGAACUCCAAGGUCAUCUCAGUGACCGUGAAGCCCUCACCUCGCUCCCUCCUCACUCCCCUGGAGAUUGAGUUCGCCCACAUGUACAAUGGCACCACCAACCAGACCUGCAUCCUGUGGGACGAGUCGGACGUACCCUCCCCCCCUGCCCCCCCGCAGCUCGGGCCCUGGUCCUGGCGCGGCUGCCGCACGGUGCCCCUCGACGCCCUCCGGACGCGCUGCCUCUGUGACCGGCUCUCCACCUUCGCCAUCUUGGCCCAGCUCAGCGCCGACGCGAACAUGGAGAAGGUGAUCGUGCCCUCGGUGACGCUCAUCGUGGGCUGCGGCGUGUCCUCCCUGACCCUGCUCAUGCUGAUCAUCAUCUACGUGUCCGUGUGGAGGUACAUCCGCUCUGAGCGCUCUGUCAUCCUCAUCAAUUUCUGCCUGUCCAUCAUCUCCUCCAACGCCCUCAUCCUCAUCGGCCAGACCCAGACCCGCAACAAGGUGGUGUGCACGCUGGUGGCCGCUUUCCUGCACUUCUUCUUCCUGUCGUCCUUCUGCUGGGUGCUCACCGAGGCCUGGCAGUCCUACAUGGCCGUGACUGGCCGUCUCCGGAACCGCCUCAUCCGCAAGCGCUUUCUCUGCCUGGGCUGGGGGCUCCCCGCACUGGUUGUGGCCAUCUCCGUGGGAUUCACCAAGGCCAGAGGGUACAGCACCAUGAACUACUGCUGGCUGUCUCUCGAGGGGGGGCUGCUCUACGCCUUCGUGGGACCCGCCGCGGCUGUCGUGCUGGUGAACAUGGUCAUCGGCAUCCUGGUCUUCAACAAGCUCGUGUCCAAAGACGGCAUCACGGACAAGAAGCUGAAGGAGCGGGCAGGGGCCUCGCUGUGGAGCUCCUGCGUGGUGCUGCCGCUGCUGGCGCUGACCUGGAUGUCGGCCGUGCUGGCCGUCACCGACCGCCGCUCCGCCCUCUUCCAGAUCCUCUUCGCCGUCUUCGACUCGCUGGAGGGCUUCGUCAUAGUCAUGGUGCACUGCAUCCUGCGCAGGGAGGUCCAGGACGCCGUGAAGUGCCGCGUGGUGGACCGCCAGGAGGAGGGCAACGGAGACUCGGGGGGCUCCUUCCAGAAUGGCCACGCCCAGCUCAUGACGGACUUUGAGAAGGACGUGGAUCUGGCCUGUAGAUCAGUGCUGAACAAGGACAUCGCGGCCUGCCGCACGGCCACCAUCACGGGCACACUCAAGCGGCCGUCGCUGCCCGAGGAGGAGAAGAUGAAGCUGGCCCACGCCAAGGCGGCGCCCCCCCACUUCAACAGCCUGCCGGCCAACGUGUCCAAGCUGCGCCUGCACGGCUCACCCCACUGCCCGGGCGGGCCGCUGCCCGACUUCCCCAACCACUCGCUGACCCUCAAGAAGGACAGGGCGCCCAAGUCCUCCUUCAUCGGCGACGGCGACAUCUUCAAGAAGCUGGACACGGAGCUGAGCCGGGCGCAGGAGAAGGCCCUGGACACCAGCUACGUGAUCCUGCCCACGGCCACGGCCACGCUGCGGCCCAAACCCAAGGAGGAGCCCAAGCACAGCAUCAACAUCGACCAGAUGCCCCAGACGCGCCUCAUCCACCUCAACAUGGCACCUGAGGCCGGCUUCCCCGCCCGCGGGCCCCCCGAGGCGCCCCCCAGCCCGCCCCCGCCGCCCCCACCCCCACCCCCCCAGCCGCCCCUGCCCCCACCGCCCUCCCUGGAGCCCGCGCCCCCCAGCCUGGGGGAGCCGGGGGAGCCUGCUGCCCAUGCCGGGCCCGGCGCGGGGGCCGGGGGCAGGAAGGAGAACGUGUCCACCCUGUCCGUGAGCUCCCUGGAGCGGCGGAAGUCGCGGUACGCGGAGCUGGACUUUGAGAAAAUCAUGCACACGCGGAAGCGGCACCAGGACAUGUUCCAGGACCUGAACCGGAAGCUGCAGCAGCACGCGGAGAAGGAGAAGGAGGGGCCGGGCGCCGACAGCAAGCCGGACAAGCAGCAGACGCCCAACAAGCGGCCCUGGGAGAGCCUCCGGAAGGCCCACGGCACGCCCGCCUGGGCGAAGAAGGAGCUGGAGCCUCUGGCGCCGUCGCCGCUGGAGCUGCGCAGCGUGGAGUGGGAGAAGGCGGGCGCCACCAUCCCGCUGGUGGGCCAGGACGUCAUGGACCUGCAGACCGAGGUCUGAGCGGGCGGGCGGCGGCCACCACCGGGCCACGGAGGAGGGAUGCUGCUCCGCCCGCUCCUGCCACAGGGAGGGCCAGACACGCUCGCGGGCAGCAGCCGACCCGCACCGGCCUCAGGGCACUCUACGGCGGCCAGGCAGCGGCCGGCGGUGCUGGGACCAGAGCCAGACCGGACAGACAGGACAGGAGGCAGCGGCCCCGCAGGCACAGGGCUCCAGAGGCCGGAAGGUGCCUCAGACUCCGCCCUCCUCGGGCCCAGCCCGGCGCCUGGCAGCGCGGACAGGGGCCAGGCCAGGGGCGGCCAGCUCCCCAGGAUGCCCGCCGAGCGGCCGCGGCAAAAGACCGGCCCACUCGGCCCAGCCGGCCUGGCACCGUUUUUUAGCCCCCCUACCCUCGGGAAGCAGCCCGCCCCCCACACUUCCAGGGCCCGGCCCCUGCCCGCGUGGAGAGCAGGCCAGCCCCAGGGCAGGGCAGAACCCACUCGAGGACACAGGGUGGGACUCUAUUUUUUCUCUCCUUUUCUUUUCUUCAAUAAAAAGAAUUCAA